CUGAGUGCGGCUGAGGUGGAGCAGGAUGAGGACCGGAUCUUUGGACUCCUCACGUCACUGCAGCCUGAACGGCUCUGAUGGACGCAUUAAUGAGAGCGCCGUGUGAAACAUGGACUUUCUCCCAGUCUACAGACUCAUCUGGUGGUGCCUCGGUCUGCAGACGGUGUGGGCCUUAGACGAGGUGACGCUGCUGAACCCUCCCGCCGAGGCGCUGCCGGACCAGCUGCUGGACGUCCUGUACUCCUGCGAUGAGCCUGCCACGGUGCGGCUGGACUGCGUCGUGUCUUUCGAAACGGGCGGCACGUCCACGCUGCUGCUCAGGCAGUGGAGCUGCAUCCCCGGCGACCCCGAGGUCAGGACCGUGAGGCUCAACCUGCCAGACUGGCUGGUGUACCGAGACGACGGGGUCGUCUCAGACUCCGAUUGGGUGCUGAGCUGCAUCCUGCGGGCCUCGCUGAGGUCCGGCGGGGACGCCGUCACGGCUCAGGAUGUGGCGGCCCUGCAGCCCAGACCGUUCUUCAGCCGGCCCGUCAGGCGGUGGCAGCGGUGUGUGGACUGGGGUCUGCAGAUGCUGGAAACAAGUCGGCAGCUGCUCCUGAAGCAAUGCCCAGUGGAGCAAGAAACCGUCCAGUUGCUGUCGUGGAUUUACGCCUCUACGGGAGAGAACUUCGGCGUGACCCGGACGCUGGAGCCCUUCGGGAGUGAGGCUCUGGAGUUCCUGAGAGCCAAGGACGUGGCCUCUCCCUGGUGUACGUUCACCCUCUGGAUGUUUGUGACCAAACACUGCGAGGAGCGACUGUGUGGCGUGUUUUACCACAUCGACUCUUAUAAUGACUACAGCACUCCAGCACUGUUCCUCAAACAGUCAGGCCAGCUCCACAUCCAGCUGACGGGAGCGUCUGAGGAAUCCUCGGCGUUUCUCUCUCCGUUCAAAAUCCCUCUACGUCAGUGGUGCCGGCUCUCUGUGACUCUGCAAGGACGAACAGCGAGCGUCUCCAUGCUGUGUCUGGACGGAGAGCAGAGGACGGAGGAGAAGACGGAGCACACGUGCAAACACGACGUGGUGCUGGACGACACCGACGGAUACUUCGUGAUUGGUGGAGGGAGCUAUGUGAAAGGCGUGGAGGGUUACUUUGGACCGGUCCAAUACUUCCGCAGCAGAGCGCCGCCUCUCAGCUCGCUUGAAGCUGUUCUUCCACGUGUUAUCGAGAGCGUGAACCUGACCGGAUGGCUGCACACCUGCCAGGACUUCAGGCAGCAGAUGAGUGUGAGGCUCAGCGGUUACUCCCUCAGGGCCAGGCGGAGGACGGAGUCCGGCAGAGUGUGUCCUGAUGUCCUCCAUGAGUGGCUGGAGCAGGAGAGCCGGCCGCCACUGCAGUGUGAGCAGUGGGAGUCGGCUGCGCCGCUCAGACGACCUGCUGCCACACUGGCCAAGUCACUGGCUUUUAAAUACGGGGGAAGGCCGGUGGGUCUGCCGGCUCUGGGCAGGGCGCUGUACUCCUUAUCGCUGCGGAGGCUGAGCAGGGCCGGCGGCAGCGGCCCGGUCCGCAGAACGUUACCUCUGCUGCUGCAGGCCGGCUGCCUGGCCGACAGCCGGGCGCUGUACACGUCGUCGGUGCUGCUGGGCACCGGCCUGGGAGUCCACCGGCAGCCCUGGAAGUCGUGGCUCCUGGCCCUGCUGGCCGCUCAGAGCGACCACCGGCUGGCCCUGCUCCACCUGGGCCACCUGCACCAGCAGGGGCUCCGCGGUCUACCCUCAGACCCAGACCUGGCCUACGCCUACUACGCAAACGUCGCCAAGCAGACGACCUUAGAUCGUCACAAUCACACGGCGCAGCAGACUUUCGUUGAGGCCGUUUACCUGAACGACGACGAGGAUCUAAACCUCCAGACCAGUGAAGACCACCACAUAUUCCAGUGGCUGAAACUCCAGGCCCGACAGGGAGCAACGGAGGCCGAGCGAACCAUCGCACGCAUGCUGUUCUGGGGUCAGCAGGGAGUGUCUCCCAACAUCCAGGAAGCCGUGAGGCACUACAGGAGAGGGGCUGUGCAGUGGAAGGACCCGGCGUCCAUGUACGACUACGGCAUCGUGCUCCUGCAGGGACACGGGGUUGAGCAGGAUGUUCCUAAAGCGGUCAUGUUCCUGAAGAAGGCGAUGGAGCAGGGCUUCGUUCCCGCCAUCAACGCCCUGGCCUGGUACUACGAGCAGCACGAGCAGGACUACGAGCGGGCGGUGCAGCUGUGGGAGCAGGCGGACGUCCUCGGCUCUCCAGAAGCUGCUUUGAAUCUGGGCGUCAUGUAUUCUCGGGGCCUGUAUCCCGGAAAACUCUCCAGCCAGUACAUGGCGUACAAGUACUACCUGAAGUCUGCGGAGAGAGGCCACAUCAGGGGGGCGGUGCAGCUGGCUGACAUCUGGAUCACCGGGAUCCCCGGCCUCGUACGGCGACGUCCCUCAGACGCCGUCCUGUGGAGCCGGUGGGCGGCCGAGCACAACGGGUACCUGGGCAGCGUCCUGCGGCGAGCGCUGGACUCCUACCUGAAGAACCACAUGUUCAGCUCCCUGCUGCAUUACCUGAUGGCCGCCGAGGCGGGGUUCGCAGCCGCGCAGUUCAACGUGGCGUUCCUGUGCGAGGAGAAAAUGGACGGCAUUCUGGACCCGGGCUAUGCGUCGCGGUGCAUGUGGAGGUUUUACAACCUCACCAUUCAAAGUGGAAAUCCCAACACUUACGCCUUCAUUAAACUGGGUGACCUGCUGUACGAAGGCAGUGAAGACAGACGCUCAGACCUGCUGUCUGCAGCUCACAUGUACGCUGAGGCGGCGCGAAGAAACGACCCCCAGGGCUGGUUCAACCUGGGUCUCCUGGUCCAGGAGGGCUUCAGGCUGCCGCUGUCUGUGCUCGCUGAGCUCGGCCUCUCAGACCUCUACCUGGCCGACAGCACUCUGCUUCUCACUGCUUUGUACAAAAGGUGCAGAGACUUGGAGGACUCGGAGUCAUACCUGCCCUGCAGCAUGGCCCUCUUCUCUGUCUAUCUACAGUCCUUCCAAAGAGACUACAGUGCUGCGGAUAAGUUGUCCAUGGCCGUUGCUGUGGUUGCCGGUCCAGCAGCCUUCCUGCUCGUCCUUGGGGCGCUCCGGGGUCGCUUGCUGUCUGGAUGACGGUCCUGUGAGGGAGUCUGAAAGACCAGCUGGAAGGACUGAGAGUGUUCUGCACCUAGAUUAUCACUGUGAAAAAGAAAACGGUCAGAUGUGUGUUUUCCUGUCUUUUUUACUCUUCUGAUGAGUGUUUUGAAAGUUUAUGUGAGUAUUAUUGAAGUUCAGCUUCACUUAAAGUGAAGCAUUAAAGCGACACUAAGGAACUUUUCAACCUUAAUAAAACAGUUUAAUAUCUUUUGUGAUGAUAAAUCGACUUACAACUAGUUGAAUGACCCUCUGUCACGGGCUGAGGGCGUCAGUAUUGCUUUCACUUGGACUGAGCAGCUGUGAGGAGGGUGGUAGGAACCCUGCUCACUGAAACACUCCACAUGUGUGGACUGCUUUACGUUAUGCGUCACAUCAUGAUAGAACGUUGUUUAUCCAUUAGAUUCACGACCUCGUCGCUAUCCGUCCUUCACACAGCCACUGGAAACAAAUGAAGGCGAGUUCAGUCCGACAGCACGCCACCGGGAGCAGCAUUUUACCACGCCAUGCGCUAGGCCUCAUGGGAACUGUAGUAUUCCUUCAGGCAAAACACUACCGCUUUUGUCCACUGGCGCCGCCAAAAUCAAGGAAAACUGAAAGUUCCUUAGUGUCGCUUUAAAGCCUUUGAAUGGUGACAAACUCUUGAACCCAUAUCUACUUCAAGGCUUGAUAUUUUAUUGACACCAGCAGAUUUCCUCUUUCUGGAGAAAAGCUCCGGUGUUUUUUGUUUGGUGUGUUGAUGGUUAAAAAAGGAGAGAGAAAAAAAAACAUUGAAAUAAAUCCUGACUGAUACAUUUAGCUCCAGCUGUGAGUAAAAGGGUCAAAAUGCCGAUGAUACUUUGUAACUUAAUGUUUGUAUUGAUUUAUUGUUAAGUCGAUGACAGAAUGAUCUUGUAUGUGGGCAGAACAGUGGAACAGUGGAAGAGUCGCUCAGUGCUCACCGCCAGAAUGUCAAAGGUUCAAUACUGUCCAGGACGUUCUGUGUGGAAUUCGAAUGUUCCAGAAACGUGUGUGUGUGUGUGUGUGUGUGUGUGUGUGUGUGCGAACGUGCGUGCGUGUUUAUGUUCAAGCAGAUGGACGAUCUCAGACAUCGCAUUUAUGUGCCAUUUAAUGUGAAAGCUGAUAAAUCAGUAGAGGGUUCUGUUUUGUUCCUUCAUCAGAAUAUUGAGAAACGGUAGAUCUGAAUAGAUUGUCAGGAACUGAUUAAAAAUGAACACAAAAUAAAUUCAUGACAAACUGUU